UGCCCUCUGCCCAGCUGCCCUCUGCCCAGGGUCCACCUGCUCCAGUGAUGCUGCCCUCUGCCCAGCUGCCCUCUGCCCAGGGUCCACCUGGCCAUGUGCCCUCAGCAACGGUAAGGUUCCCUAUAGUAGUCAAAUGCCUAUGCCAAAUGCCUAUGCCUGUGCUGCCCGCUGCCCUGUUGUCCUCUGCCCAGGGUCCACCUGCUCCAGUGAUGCUGCCCGCUGCCCAGCUGCCCUCUGCCCAGGGUCCACCUGCUCCUGUGAUGCUACCCGCUGCCCUGUUGCCCUCUGCCCAGGGUCCACCUGCUCCUGUGCUGCCUGCUGCCCAGCUGCCCUCUGCCCAGGGUCCACCUGCUCCAGUGAUGCUGCCCGAUGCCCAGCUGCCCUCUGCCCAGGGUCCACCUGCUCCAGUGAUGCUGCCCGAUGCCCAGCUGCCCUCUGCCCAGGGUCCACCUGCUCCAGUGAUGCUGCCCUCUGCCCAGGGUCCACCUGCUCCAGUGAUGCUGCCCUCUGCCCAGGGUCCACCUGCUCCUGUGAUGCUGCCCGAUGCCCAGCUGCCCUCUGCCCAGGGUCCACCUGCUCCAGUGAUGCUGCCCUCUGCCCAGCUGCCCUCUGCCCAGGGUCCACCUGCUCCAGUGCUGCCUGCUGCCCAGCUGCUCUCUGCCCAGGGUCCACCUGGCCAUGUGCCCUCAGCAACGGUUGACGGACAUGGGGUUCCUGGAUUGGACAGGGUGGAUGAGUUGGCGGAAUACCUGGUGGAACUGCGUAGUCAAUCCAGCCUGACAAUGACAAACCAACAGGUGGCAACAAUUAUAUGUUUGUGGCAGAACCUGGAGCAGUUUGAUAAAGACAGGGUGACCUAUGCCGCCCGUCAUCAGCCCAGGCUAGUUACGGGGAGUUUUAGGUCCCCAAAAAAGAAGGCAGUUUUUACUCCUGGUGUAGACAGCACCAAAAGGUGUGUGCUAGGCUCUAGUGGCUCUCCAGCGCAGUGGCCUAACUGCUGUCGUCUGGUGGAGAUGAUUUUUAUAAGGCUGUGCAACAUCUACCGCAGCCCCAAAAAACAGGGCACAGUAUCGGUGUCCAGGUGGGACUUGAUUCUCAGAGAUUAUAGGAGAAUACGGCAGUUAAUAUUGAGUAACGUGAUAGUGAUGCAGCAGACUACACUCCAAUUAGUGGAGGUAAACCAGAGGACCCUGAUGACCUGGCACAAUGAGCGCUUGAAGGCUCAGGAGGUCUCAGUGCUUAUGCAGGGGCUGCAGCUUCCUGUGGCUAGGCCAGUCACUUUGGAUACCCUGCCACCAGCACGAGUGCAGCCUGUUGCGCCACCAAACUACAGCCACCAAUUACAUCAUUAUAACAUGCCAGCAAACACAGCUGGGCAGGCAAAAACCAAAUUGAGAACGAUUCGGCCCUCUCCCUCAGCUACCUCAGCCCCUAAGGCACCUCAGUUGUUUAGGUUACUACCCAAACCAGCUCCUGUUGGGUCUGUGCCUACUGCCCUAUUGCAUACCACUGUUGCCAUUUCUCCUGUGCCCUCUCCACCUGCAGAGAGUACACUAAAAAGGAAGUACACCCGGAUGGUAACAACUAAUUUGUGUAGGAAAUGUGGCCAGUUUCGCACAGGGGAAACUGGCCACAGCCAAUAUAAAGGGAAAAUUUACUGCCCCAAAACAGAAACCAAAAGCAAAGAGGAGUGGCUGCGAAAAAUGAGGCAGCUUUAGCACAUUAAUUUAAGGGAGCUACUCUCCAUAAAAAGAGGUGGGCACAAAUACGUCAUGCCGGUAGUAUGUGUUUGUGUGUUUUUUUUUGGGGGUUUUUUUUUUACAGUUUUUUUGUACAGUGUACAGUUUCUUUAAAAUACUGCCAACCUGUCCAUGAAUGUAAAUAUGUUAAUAGGCUAAUAAAUAUACUUUUAUGUGAAAUUGAAA